CUAGCACAUUUCCAAAAGCUGGGUAGGGCCAACACAGGAAGAGGUGUGCUGAUUCAGUGCUUCUCCCAAGUAGCCUCCACCAGCGGAGUUCCAGGCUUUAAAGAGGAGAGAUUCCCUACUCCUUCAUGACCACAUGGAUGCAUAUUAUACCUUAGGUCUGUAGGGGUGAAUGUGGCUCCAGGACUAACAGAGAGGAAGCUACCUAAGCAAUAGCUGUCAGAGUGUUAGCUAGUAACCAGCAGCUGUCUGAUUGCCAUCAGCAGCAGAGCUUCUAAUGUGGACUAGGAAGGUGCUGUGGAGAGAAGCAGCCUUAGGUAUGCAGGCUAACGGUGAGAAUCCCCUGGUAGCCACCUUGUGUUAGCUUAGCAAAACCCUUAGGCUUGGCAGCCCAGCAGCCUUCCCUGCAAUGGGGAGUCCUAGCACUGAAAUGAUUCUAUUUGACUAGACGUGUUGUAAUUUACGGUAAUUUAAAUCAAAACAUGUUAACUUUCAAGUUAUCUUCCAGCAUGUGCCCUUUGAAAUCCUCUGUGUUUUAAAAGCUUAUUUAAUUUUACCCCCAUGGCUUGGCCUCAUAUUAGCUUUUCAGUUGACCAAGCAGAAAAUAAUGUCCAGAGAAAGAAGCCUGGAUGAGAACAAAGCAGGAUUUGUGCUUAGAGUGUUAACUGCAUAAACAAUGGUUUUUGCUCUUAAUUAUCCCCAGCAUGAACAUGCCAAAAGAAACUCUUUUGGACUUCCAGGCAGGUCAUUUCUCAGCCAUAGGAAUACAAACAAUAGAUCAGUUCAGGCCAUCUGGUUCAGUAUCCUAUGGCCAACAGUAGCCAGUACCAGAUGUUGUUUUAGAGGAAGGUGCAAGAAUAUAGUGUACAGUUUAAGAAGCAACCUGCUCAUGAAGGAAGUCUCUUUCUGACCCCUGUGUUAGGUUAGUGAUUGGCUUUACCCUGAAGCACGUGAAUUUAACUCCUAUAUAGGAUAAAGCAUUUUUGCUUUAACAUAUCUAAUGUAUGCUUGGGUGUUUUUACUACUUAUGCAUAUUCAUGGUACCAUAUAAGUGAAAUAACUUUAGCUUUUUGUAUUCAAUGCCCUCAUCUUUUAAGGAGGUAAAGGAUAUAAAGCAAGAAUGACCUUGAUGUCUCUCUCUGAGUUGUUGCCUGUUGUUAAUUCGGGGUAUACUGUUUUUCUCUAUUCAGUAUCAAAGUGAUUAAUUGUGCUUCUGGCUGGUUUCUGAGGGUACUGCAUUGAGCUUGUGCUACAAACCAUGCUUCAGUCCAGAGCUUUGGCGAUGGCUCUGAUUCUGCUCCUCAGCACCAGUCUCUCUGAAGUGGGUGCUAAGGCAAUCUCAAAAAGACACGUCCGUCGUGACUGGCUGAUCAUACCUGAUUCAAUGGCAUUUUACGUGUACGAAUCUGUGAACAAAGUGUCCCCGAAAGCUGGUCAGUUCUUGGCGGAAGCUGUUCAGACUCCAGUAAUCCUUGAGAUCAAGAAUUUCCUGAUGAAGGAGACCUCUAAAAUCAGUGUGCUGGCAGAACAGCUGAUGGAAAAAUUAACAGGUCUGUGGAAGAAGAAAGAGGAAGCCCCAGCCCAGCAGUAGAAUUGAGACAAGUCACAAGGCCACUUGACAUGAGUAAUUAGAAUGCGCAGCAUCCCCUCUCCUCAUGGACUGAGAUCAGCUACUACCAUAGAAUUGAUGUCCCUGAUGAUGUCACUAGAAGGGGCAAGAAUACCACCUUCAAAGAGCGGAGAACCUGUCUCCCUGUGGGGGAAAAAUGCAUUAUCAAAGAAGCUGCUGGAUGUGGGAAAGGAAAUAGAAGGAAGACAGAUUCUGUAGUUGAAUCUUGAAAGCCAAUUUCUCCUUCAACAAUUUGGCCACUUGAC